CCAUGGGUUCUGGAGGAGUGAGGUUCCUGGGGGUCCAGUGGCCCCCGCCUCUCCUGCUUCUGCUAGUCAUGGGAGGCAUGGCUCAGGACUCUCCCCCCCAGAUCCUGGUCCACCCCCAGGACCAGCUGCUCCAGGGCCCUGGCCCCGCGAAGAUGAACUGCCGAGCCUCAGGCCAGCCACCUCCCACCAUCCGCUGGCUGCUGAAUGGACAGCCACUGAGCAUGGUGCCCCCAGACCUACACCACCUGCUACCUGACGGAACCCUCCUGUUGCUGCGACCUCCUGCCCAGGGACGUGCCCACAGUGACCAGACUCUAUCCACAGACCUGGGUGUCUACACAUGUGAGGCCAGCAACCGGCUGGGCACAGCAGUCAGCCGAGGUGCCCGGCUGUCUGUGGCUGUCCUCCGGGAGGAUUUCCAGAUCCAGCCUCACGACACGGUGGCCGUGUUGGGCGAGCAGGUGAUUCUGGAGUGUGGGCCACCCUGGGGCUACCCAGAGCCCACAGUCUCAUGGUGGAAAGAUGGGAAACCCCUGGCCCUCCAGCCAGGGCGGCACACGGUGUCCAGGGGUUCCCUGCUGAUGGCAAGAGCAAAGAAGAGUGACGCAGGGACCUAUAUGUGUGUGGCUGCCAACAAUGCAGGACAACGGGAAAGCCGGGCAGCCAGGGUGUCUGUCCAAGAGCCCCAGGACUACACGGAGCCUCUGGAGCUUCUGGCUGUGCGCAUUCAGUUGGAAAAUGUGACCCUGCUGAACCCAAACCCUGCAAAGGGCCCCCAUCCUGGGCCUGCUGUGUGGCUCAGCUGGAAGGUGAGUGGCCCUGCUGCACCUGCUCAGUCUUACACGGCCUUGUUCAGGGCCCAGGCAGCCCUGGGAAGCCAGGGAGCCCCGUGGGCAGAGGCGCUACUGGCUGGCUGGCAGAGCGCAGAGCUUGGAGGCCUCCACUGGGGCAGAGACUACGAGUUCAAAGUGAGACCAUCCUCUGGCCGGGCUCGAGGCCCUGACAGCAACGUGCUGCUCCUGAGGCUGCCAGAACAAGUGCCCAGUGCCCCACCCCAGGAGGUGACCCUAAAACCUGGCAAUGGCAGUGUCUUUGUGACCUGGAUCCCACCACCAGCUGAAAACCACAAUGGUGUCAUCCGUGGCUACCAGGUCUGGAGCCUGGGCAACACCUCACUGCCCCCAGCCAACUGGACUGUAGUGGGCGAGCAGACCCAGCUGGAGAUCGCUGCCCGAAUGCCAGGCUCCUACUGCGUGCAAGUGGCUGCAGUGACUGGUGCUGGGGCUGGGAAGCCCAGUAGCCCUGUCUGCCUCCUUUUAGAGCAGGCCAUGGAGCAAGCUGCCCGAGAACCCAGUGAGCAUGGUCCCUGGACCCUGGAGCAGCUGAGGUCCACCUUGAGGCGGCCAGAGGUCAUUGCCAGCGGGGUCGUUGUGCUCUGGCUGCUCCUGCUGGGCACUGCUGUGUGUAUCCACCGCCGGCACCGAGCUGGAAUGCACCUGGGCCCAGGUCUGUACAGAUAUACCAGCAAGGACGCCAUUCUAAAACACAGGAUGGAUCACAGUGACUCCCCCUGGCUGGCAGACACUUGGCGUUCCACCUCUGGCUCUCGGAACCUGAGCAGCAGCAGCAGCCUCAGCAGUCGGCUGGGAGGGGACCCCCGGGACCCGCUAGACUGUCGUGGCUCCUUGGUCUCCUGGGAUCCCCGAAGCCCUGGUGUGCCCCUGCUUCCAGACACCAGCACUUUCUAUGGCUCCCUCAUCGCUGAGCUGCCCUCCAGCCCCCCAGCCCGGCCAAGCCCCCAGGUCCCAGCUGUCCGGGGCCUCCCACCCCCGCUGACCAGGCUCUCCAGCCCCUGGCCCAGCUCAGACAGUCUCUGCAGCCGCAGGGGACUCUCUUCUCCGCGCUUGUCUCUGGCCCCUGCGGAGGCUUGGAAGGCCAAAAAGAAGCAGGAGCUGCACCAAGCCAACAGCUCCCCGCUGCUCCGGGCCAGCCACCCCAUGGAGCUCUGGUCCUGGGAGUUGGGAAAUAGAGGCUCCAAGAACCUUUCCCAAAGCCCAGGCUAUUGUUCCCCAGGAGCUGUGCCCCGAGCUCUGGUUGCCCGGCGGGCCCUGGGACCGCAGCUCCUCAGCUCCUCUAAUGAGCUGGUCACUCGCCCUCUUCCUCCAGUACCUCUCUCUCCUCGAGGAACCCCCACCCAGAGUCAACAGACCCAGCACUUGGCAGAGCCCCAAGCUCCCUCCUAUGUCCCACCACCAUCAGAAACCCCCACCCCCAUCCUUAGCUGCUCCAGUCCCCCCAGCCCCCAGGCCUCUUCCCUCUCCAGUCCCAGCCCACCUUCCAGUCUCCUGUCCAGCUCUUCACUGUCAUCCCUGGGGGAGGAUCAGGACAGUGUGCUGACCCCUGAGGAGGUGGCCCUGUGCCUGGAACUCAGUGAGGGCGAAGAGACCCCCAGGAACAGCGUCUCUCCUAUGCCAAGGGCUCCAUCACCCCCCACCACCUAUGGGUACAUCAGCGUCCCAGCAGCCUCAGAGCUCGUAGACAUGGGCAGGGCUGGAGGAGGGGUGGGGUCGGACAGGGGCGUCUUGUUGUGCCCACCUCGGCCCUGCCCCACCCCCACCCCCAGCGAGGGCUCCUUGGCCAAUGGUUGGGGCUCAGCCUCUGAGGACAACGUGCCCAGUGCCAGAGCCAGUCUUGUCAGCUCCUCCGAUGGCUCCUUCCUCGCUGAUGCCCACUUUGCCCGAGCUCUGGCCGUGGCUGUGGAUAGCCUUGGUUUUGGUCUGGAGCCCAGGGAGGCAGACUGCGUCUUCACAGAUGCCUCAUCACCUCCCUCCCCACGGGAUGACCUCUUCCUGUCCCCCACCCUCUCCCUGCCCCUGUGGGAGUGGAGGCCAGACUGGUUGGAGGAUGUGGAGAUGAACCCCACCCAGCGGCUGGGAAGGGGGCUCCCUCCCUGGCCCCCUGACUCUCAGAUCCCUUCCCAGAGAAGUCAGCUCAGCUGUCCUGUGCCCAAGGCUGCUGAUUCCUCCUGAAAUGUGUUCCUGACACUGCCGAGAAGAGGAUCUGAAGCACCUCUGCUGUCAGCUAUGAGGCCUGGCUGUGGCGUGUGGCUCUUGGCCUGUGCUUCUCUGCCUCCAGGAGAGUUCUCCCUCCAGGAUUGUGAAAACAAAUGAAAGCAAAGCAAAAUAAGAGCAAAGCAGACCAGGAGCCUCAGUGGGGGCAGCACAUCCUUCCCACCUUUCUCCCAGACAUUGCUUUCUCCUCUGCUCUGUCCACCCCCACAGCCGGGUGGUUUUGGCUAUGGAGAAGCCCUGUCUCCUGCUCUCCCCACCCACCCACUGGGACCAUGGGAAGUGUGUUCGUGGAGGACAGCCGAGGCUGGUGGGAGAGGGCUGCAGAGGACAGCGCUUCUUGGAGCCUCCCCUCCAGCCUACCCGCCACUGCUCCAGAGGCAAGCUCAACUCUCCCCAACUGCCCCACACAGUGGCAUUAAAGAGAAGCCACCAAGGCAGUGAGGCCCUACCUCAGUGCCAAGGCAAAGUGUUCAAGGCUGGGUCUAGAAAGGAAGCUGAGGGAAGAGAGUUGUG